AUGGAAAACGUCAAAACAAAUGAUCAAUAUGCUAGUUGGGACCUUAGUAAAAAGUUAGAUUUACUUGGAAGGUGUAAAGAAUGUCGAAAAAUAAACAAUGGCAUCUUAUGGUGUCAAGCAUGUAAUAGUAAACAUUUUAACGAAGAAGCCAAGCGAUGGAAAAGUGGCAAUAAAAGAUUGGAUCAGUUAAUUUUGAGAAGACAAGUUGAUAGUGCCAGAGAUCGAUCAGAAAUUAUUGAAUGGAUUCCAUUUGAAAGCUUUGUUAAUGUGAAAAUUCAAGCACGUGGAUACUACUCAACUGUUUAUACAGCACAGUGGAAACCCAUACUGAAAAGAGAUGUAGCAAAUGAUGGAUGGAAAAGAUAUGAUAAUUUAAGUAUAACUGUUUCAUUAAAGGAAUUACAUGCCACUAGGUUAAGUGAUGAUUUUUUGGAGGAGAUUGAGAAAGCAGAAUCGAUUUUGCAAAAAAUUGAAGAAGUUCAGAAUGUAAACUAUAUAUGUGGAUUCAGCAAGAAUCCCGUAACAAAAAACUAUGUCAUAGUAUAUAAUGAACAUGAAUAUAUUGAAAAUACAUUAAAUGUCUGGUAUUGUGAUAAGGUGAUAUCACCAAUCACUAAACUAAGACAAUUGUACCAAAUCACAAGAACAUUAAAAUCCCUCCACAGUAAUGACUUAGUAUAUAAGAAUUUACAUGCAGGCAAUAUUUUAUUAGAUGUGUUUCACAACAUUUACUUUACUGAUUUUGGAAUAACGCACCCGUUCUAUAGAGACUCGUCAAUAACAACAACUGCAUCAUCAUCCACAACUGUAUCACCCACGCACGUCUAUGGAGUGUUGCCCUAUUUAGCGCCAGAAAUUUUACAUGGUGAACCAUUCACAUUCGAAUCUGAUGUUUAUGCAUUUGGCAUAAUUAUGUGGCAGAUCCUACAUCAAGAGAAGCCUUUAAGAUAUCGUGCGCACGAUCAAAAUUUAGCAAAGGAUAUUUGUCUUGGAUUACGACCGAAAAUUAUUUCAAGUUUGCCUAGAACAUUGAUAAAUUUGAUUAUAAGGUGCUGGGAUGCUGAUCCUAAGAAAAGACCCACUUCUACGGAAUUGUUCGACGAUCAUUUUGAAGUAAUAUUUAAGAAUUAUGUUAAAUUAGAUAACGAUCUGUGCAAUUAUUUACUCGAUCACGAGGAGCUUGAUGAUGGAUUAGAAAUGUUCAAUAAGCAUCUAUAUAAAAGAUUACCUUAUCUUCUACAACUUAAAGCAGAUCCUAAAGCAUGCUAUACUUGUAAAAUGUACAGCUUUGAUGAUUUACCGGAUCCUGUGAAUUCUUCUAAAACAGAACAUUUAGUUGACAGAGAAGAAGAUUUAGAAGAAUUAAAAAUAAAGUUGAACAAAUUAGAGGGAGUUGAUAAAAUAUCAGAGACAAAUGAUAUAAACAAUAACAAAAUAUUAACUAGACGACAAGCCAAAUCCAAAGAAAAGGAAUUACAAAAAAUACAAAAACAAAAGGAGAAACAUGAAAACAAAAGAAGAAAAUAUAUACAAGAAAUAUCAAAUAGAGAAGGGGACCCUUAUUUGCGUCAGAUACCACCAACAUAUUAUUGCAGAAUAAAUAAAGAUUAUCCGUUUUUGCUUGGGGAAGAGUCAAUUGAACCUAUAACUGAUUUGAUUGAAGAGGAGAGACUUAUAUUUAGAUCCGAUAGACAAAAAAAAACUGGUAUUUUAGAUGAGAUAAGAAAACGAAAGUUCAAAGUGGAUCAAAAAUAUUAUCAUCCAUAUGGACAUAAGUAUCGAUCAGACCUGUCUUCUACUGAUAUCGAAUUUCUUGAUAUGAGUGAAGAAGGGAGUACGGAUGAAGAUGAAGCAGAUUAUUUAAAGCGAAUAAAAGAGAAAAAGAAGUUGUUGGAGAAUCAGAUCUUACAAAACUUAAAAGAUAUAGAAACUGAUGAAGAAGAGCCAGAUGAUAUUGGAUCGGAUGAUUUUCUUGAAGAGACGUUUGUGGUAGACGAUGAUAACGAUUUUUUUGUUGAUGAAGAUGAUGAUUUUGUUGUUAGGGAUCAGCCACGCAAAAAAGCACCAACAAGAAGAGUUAAAAGGAAAAUCAGCAUUGACAAUGAAUAUAAUGACAGUGAUUAUUCAGAUGAAUAUGAUGACGAUGAAUUUGUUAUCAAGGAAACACCAAAUCAUCCAUCAGUCAAAACACACACUUGUAUAGUUGAUAUCCAAAACAAAGAUGAAAUAGAUGAAAAGAUAGCAAAUCUUCCUGAAGAAUUUAAAGAUAUUGAUAUUUUAGUCAAUAAUGCCGGUUUAGCAAUUGGAUUUGAUCCAAUAGAAAAAAAUUCUCAAAAAGAUAUAGAAACGGUUAUUGAUACAAAUAUCAAUGGACUUCUUUACAUGACUCAAGCUGUACUUCCAAUAAUGAAAAGGCGCAAUUCCGGUGAUAUCAUCAAUAUUGGAAGUAUCUCUGGAACAAAUAGUCAUGGAUAUGGUAAUACCGUAUAUGCAGCUACAAAAUAUGCAACAGAAGGAAUCACAGAGUAA